AUGGACACCAAACGGCAAGUGAUCAGCGUGCACAUCGGACAGGCUGGCGUGCAGAUGGGCAACUCCGUGUGGAACCUGUACGGGACGGAGCACGGGAUCGGCAAGGACGGCCGGGCGGAGGAGAAAACGGCGAACGACGCGCUGUGCCCGGCGGACCACUCGACGUUCUACAAGGAGACGACCGCGGGCAAGUACAUACCGCGGACAGUGAUGGUGGACCUGGAACCGACGGUGGUGGACCAGGUGCGGACGGGCGCGGAACGGAACCUGUACCACCCGGACCAGCUGAUAUCGGGCAAGGAGGAUGCGGCCAACAACUACGCGCGCGGCUACUACACGGAGGGUCUCCCGUACGUGGAUAGGGUGAUGGAAGGCGUGCGGCUGUUCGCGGAGUCGUGCAACGGCGUGCAGGGCUUCAUGGUGUUCCACUCGAUGGGCGGCGGCACGGGGUCGGGGCUGACCAGCGCGGUGGCCGAGAACCUCAAGCAGAUGUACUCGAAGAAGAGCCACCUGGAGGUGCUGGUGUACCCGGCGCCGCGCGUGUCCACGGCCGUCGUGGAGCCGUACAACGCGAUGCUGGUGUCGCACAAGACGCUGGACACGACGGACUGCGCGUUCAUGGUGGACAACGAGGCCAUCUACGACAUCAGCGCCGGCAAGCUGGACGUGGAGCGGCCCACGUACGGCAACCUGAACCGCGUGGUCAGCCAGGUGGUGUCGUCCAUCACCGCGUCGCUGCGGUUCCCGGGCGUGCUCAACGUGGACAUCAACGAGUUCCAGACGAACCUGGUGCCGUUCCCGCGCGUCCACUUCCCGCUGCUGGCGUACGCGCCGUUUACUUCGGCGCAGCGCACCGCGCACGAGCGGCCGCCCGUCAUGGACCUGACGGCCGCGUGCUUCGAGCCGUGCAACCAGUUGUUCAAGAUCGAGGAUAACGCGCACACAAAGGGCCGGUACAUCGCGUGCUGCAUGUUGUACCGCGGCGACGUGGUGGCCAAGGAGAUCAACCACGCGAUAUCGUACAUCCGCGAGACCAAGCGGCUGCGGUUCGUCGACUGGUGCCCGACCGGUUUCAAGGUGGGCAUCAACUGCCGGCCCCCCGUGGCCGCCGUGGCCGGCCGCGCCGAUGACGAGCUGGUCGGCGGCGGCCGGGCCGUGUGCAUGAUGGCCAACACGUCGGCCAUCGCGACCGCGUGGACCACGUUGUGCCACAAGUUCGACAUGAUGUUCCGGAAGCGCGCGUUCGUGCACUGGUACGAGAGCGAGGGUAUGGAAAAGCGGGAGUUCGUGGAGGCGCGCGAAAACAUCGAGGUGCUGUUGCACGACUACAAGGAACUGACCGACUUGCCCGAACAACAGGUGUCCAAAACAGACAGCUUCGCGGCCAGGCCCGUCGUCCCUCCGCAACAAGGACAGUUAUCGUAA